GGGCCUUACGCACCUCCACACUCUCGCGUUUGCCGAGCAACGGUCGUCGGUUAGCGGAGUCAACUUUGUCUUCGAUGAGGCCCCCGACCGGCUGGCACUCUCGUGGCCGACGGCCUCCGACGCGGACCCGGACCCAAAGCGGUUGUCACUGAAAUUAUAAUCGUUCCGAAAACCCCGAACAGUUAGUUCUGUGCCUGAAUCAUCCCCCUUCGUCUGUUUUCAGUGUCACGUACGUAAAAUACAUACGCAUCGUCGUUGUGCCUCGUGAUGUGCGUUUUUCGUAAUUCAAACAUACGUGCAACGUUAUUUUCUAUUCUUUUUCCUCUUGUGAUACGUAUAUGAUACAGGUGUUGUUACGGAUUCGUGGGCAUAUUAUAAUGUUAUUAUACCGAUUAAUCGUCGCUAUGUUCAAGUGUGUACCGUGUGAUUGAUCAGGUAGUUAAUUGUCGAAUUAUAGCAGCUCGACGAGAAUAUUGACUGCGCUUUACACAAGUAUUUAUAAUAACAAUUUUAUAAUCCGUUAAAGCGACCGGUUUAUGCCGAACAGGAUAUUUCACCGAUCAAGUAAUUGCUGCAUACUCAAAGUACUUAAAAUAAUAGAAAACAACCACUGCGGUUACCGUCGAACACCAUACAGUGACGUUUUUCUGCGGACUGUGAACUACCGGUUUCGUUGAGCGCGGUAAAUCAAGUGCGGUGAUGAAAAUAAUCGGUUAUAAUCCUUGAGAGUGUGGAAAAAAAUAAAAAUAAAAAAAUAAAAAAUCGUCAAUAAAGUAAGAAAUCGGUGUCCGAGCUGCAGAGAGCAGUCAUGUGGAAAGUGUUUGGUACGUCUUCUCGUUCGCACCGAGAUUCUAAUACACGGGGGAACGUAAUCGAAAACGUUGAUCGGGAUGAUCGUGAUUUAUAGCUGAAGCUGAUCACUCAUUUUCAAUUCUUCUAUUCACAUUCUCCUUUUUAUACUUCUUCGCAAUUUUUCACACCUCGCGAGAGAAAAGUGCGCCGCGUGUUUCCUCCGCAAUUUUCGUCACAGAUUUGCCAUGUUCCUUGGAAGUAGUGGCUCGUUACUGUUUUCGUUGGGAUUGCCAGCUGGACGCACUUCCAGCCUUCUGGUCUGCGCGGACGUUUUUGGUGCCUGCUGAUCGGACAGCAGAUUGUGUCCUAAAACCAAAGAUUCACUCUGCUAUUCUGGAGACGACACCCUGCGGGACGAAUCGAAGUACGAGAAACCGUGGAAGUGUUUUACAACCGGAACGGACGCCAGCCGGCUUUGACUUCUUCGACUCUUCUCAGCAUCGCGUUGCUUCAACGCCGCAGCAACGCCCCCUACUUCUCCACCUCGUCGUCUUCUCUCUCUCUCUCUCUCUCUCCUACACUCUGCGCUGAUGGUUCUGAUAUCAUCAACCGGUUUUUAAGGGUUUUGAAGAAAAAAAAGGAACAAAAAACAACACCGCAAAAGCCAAGGAUGCGAAGCAGGAUCACCGCGCGGAAGAUUCUGGUAUCCGACGGCAGAUAAGAACCCUCUGGAAAGUGGAGGUGGAAGUAUACAGAGUGAUUUCUUGUCCCGGAGAACUGGAUAACGAGUCGAUCCAUCAAUCGAGAAUCGAGUCCCGUCAACCGCACCCGCAAUGGAUAUAACGGAGACGUUCGCGCCGGGCGGAGGAAACGAGGACCUUGGCAAGACGGAUUUCUUCGACUUUGUCGUGUCGCCUGCUCCGCACGGGCCGUCGGGAGACGGAGUUUCGGACGAGGAGGGCUUCCUGCACCGUUCCGCGUGCCGCAGCAUAGGCGUGAGUUUCCUAGACGGUCCACGGCACCAGGACACGCACGAUUUACGACACGAUCUCCACGGCUCACCGUUCGUCAAGGAGACGAACAACAACACGCUGACGGCGCUGCCACCGGUCUCUACGAUCACCGGCUCGCUGACGCACCACCACCACCAACACCACAACAACAGAAGCCACAGCUGCCCGACGCAGCAGAGCGUCGACGUCACGAUGCAGGAGCAGCCGUCAACAGACUGCGAUUACUGGGGCGACGAGGGCAAGGAGCAGACCUGUAGCAUAUUUCUGGAGGACCUUAGCAAGUACAACUGCUGGUCGACAGGCAGCAACUCGGGCCACGGCCAGAGCCACGACUCGAUAGUUCAGGGUGAGGCCGCGGGGCGUGGCUGCUCCGGGUCCCAUCGGCAGAACACCGAUGGUGCAAUCUAUACCUUGACGGUACUGAACAACGACGCAAACUCGAUGGACGCCCUCGACUGCUGCAAGAGCCCGCCGCCGCCGUCGACGGACUCUUGGCCACUGCGGCCGAACCUCGACCUCGACGCAAUCCUGAACCUCGACCCUGCCAACGAUCACGAACACGAAACCGUUACGGAGAACUCGCGACGCGAGAGUUUCCACAUCAUUCCUGUAGCCGGAAUGGGCUCUCAGUACUCGACCGACGACAGCGGUUUCGUCGAGAGCAAGGAGCUCUGUGUCAGGGGUGGACAGACUCCGGCCCACCAGACCGGCGACAACAACAACGACUGGAAGCUCUCGGACCAGAACCACCUGCCGGAGGGCGGAAGUACCGGCGACUCCGCCGAGAGCCUCCUGCGCAGUGCGCUUCAGGGAAAACUCUACUCUGGCGCGUCCUCCCAGGCCGUAUCUUCGUCCUCAUCGACAACCUCCCAGACUCCGAGUCUGGCGCUCCAGGGAACGACGUCCGGCACCCCCCACGUCCAGAUCAUCGCCGACCACCAGCCCGCCGACGAGACGAUGCACCCCUGUACCGAAGAAGACCUCCUCCUCUCACAGCUCGAUGCGACGACCUACCGACCUGGUGACUACGAGAAGCUGAAGAGUAUAGCGAACGAGGUCGUUGAGUACUGCAGGAUCGAGCCGGUCUGCAACGUCUCCGCGACAACAACGGUCAUGUAUACCCUGGACCCAGCCAGCGGGAGCCUUGGAACGAUCACACUUCCGGCUGAUUUGAGCCAGAUGGGAACCGUGACCGUGGUCACAGCUGGGGGGCAGCAGGACACCGUCAUAGGGCAACCGCAAACCGGUGUCAGGACCGAAACUGAAACCGCCCCGAGUCAGAUUCAAAUUUCCCCAACGCGAGCGGCACCGGCAUCGACUUCCGGUACGACCAAGCCUACCAAGAAGUACAUGAGGCGGGUGAACAGGAACGGUAGCGGAGGUGGCGCCGCGGCCGGUGGAGCUGGGAGCGCGAACGGCACGCAGCAACAGGGCGGCGGGUCGCCGGGAAGCGUUCAGCGCAAAGAACGUUCACUCCACUACUGCAGCAUAUGCAGCAAGGGCUUUAAGGACAAGUAUAGCGUCAAUGUUCACAUCAGGACGCACACCGGGGAGAAACCCUUCGCUUGCUCGCUCUGCGGUAAGAGCUUCAGGCAGAAAGCGCACCUCGCUAAGCACUACCAGACUCACGUCGCACAAAAGCCGGCCGGUGUUGCGGCCCCACCGACGCCAGCGCCAACACCACCAGCAUCGACCGCGGCGAGCGUGCAAAACACGCCUGCGUCCACUCCGGCUAACGGAAGUCCCGCGGCCUCCGUAUCGGACGCUAAUUCCGCGAGCAGGAGCCAGAGCAGUAACGAUCAGAACCCCAAUUCGUGCAAUUCCAGCACCAGCUAACCGGGGAUUAGACUGAUUAGAUGUCCUGGAGAGAGUCUGAGAGGCAGAAAUAGGCGCGGGUGGUUUUGGUUCUGAUCGGUUUUGGGGAAUCAAUUCCAUCCUGCGAUGGAGGCGAGGAGCGGAUGCGAUUCACCUGCAGCGGCAGCGGUGCUACGCUGGUAGUCAGAGCGCCGAGCGCAGACUCGAAAGUACCUAUUACAUACGUAUACAGAAAAUUGACAAGGUCUUUAUUAUCGAAAUCCUAUUAGAUACGCUACAUAUGCGACGCGCUUAUGGCGAAAACGAGCGUGUAGGUAUAAAGAUAAGAAGAGCGGAGGUUUUCUUCUUUUUUUUUUGUGUGUAUUUCUGCAUAGUUACUGGGAAACAAUUGAAUUUCGAGGUCGGAUCAUUUUUAAAGCCGGCGAUUUUGGAUAGAGGAACGAUUACGAAAAGAAAACACAUGUUGCUUGUAUAGUGUAUGCUGGUUAGAUCAUAUUUAUAUGGUUGCAAGUAUUGGAAGAAUUGAUUACCUGAAUCAACUAAACAGAUCCUGUAGUCUUUCUGGUUUUUUGUUUAAUUUUUUCAUUUUUCGAAAAUUAUUUCUCAAUAAGUGGAAAUGAAUAGAUGUACCUCAAAAACACUACACUAAUAGAACACAAUAGAUUUUCAUCGACAUCGAUUACUUGUUAUUUUUCCAUUGAACUAUAAAGUUGAAUGUGCGCUGAAUCAAACAUUACUUUUCGAAUCAGCAAUUGUAUUUCUGUCAGUCAGUAAUCAUCGAAUCAAUUAACGAACUGGUCUCUUUGGUUUUCCUUAAAUUAAUAACUAUUCGUCAUAUCAAACAACUAUUCAACUGCAUUGUCCCGAAUUGGUGUUACCCAGCAUACUAUUUUCUAAUGUAAACUAAUUGAAAUCCCGUUCAAUUAUUCAUUGUGUUCAAUUAUUCCACGAAUUUGGUUUAAGUAUAAUCAUAAAUUUUGUAUAUAUACUAUGUGAAAUAGUGGUGCAUAGGUGUGUACUAUGUGGCGUAUCGAGAACACUGCUUUGUUUGAAUCCAGUUACAAAAAUAACUAUAAUCCCAUACGCGUACUAAACACGAAAUAAUAUUCUAACAAGAUAACGAGCAAAAAUUAUGACAAUACGUUGACUUCUUUCUCGGUUCUCGAAAUUUUAUUCCUAUGUACAAGAAAACGCACAAAAUGAAGACAAAGAGACUCUACUGUAUAAUUUUUAAUCUGUUACAAAAUAAUGAUAGAACUUUUUGAUUGAAAUAUUUUGAACACAUACACGCGUGUAGCAAUAAUGUAUUAUACUAAUACUGUACGGUUGUGAUAAUGUACGAUAGCAUAAUUUCGCUGCAUAACAAAAAGAACAAAAACAACGAUACGAAAUCGUGAACAAAUAACAAUGACUCAAAACAAUUUACAAGAAUUGACUAGAAAAUUUAAAGUGAAAAUUAAAUAAAAAAAAUAUAAAUCCAUAGUAACAAUAUAUAUAGUAAUAUAAUAAUAACGUCCACAAUAUAUUAUAUGUAAGUUUAGCAACCAUAUACGUAUCUGAACGAUGUGUGCAAAUACGUAUAUACAUAGAAAAAAAAAAGUAUGAAAUCGAGUAAAAGUGAUUUAUACCUAUCAUAUUAUGUAUAAAUUUGUACGUCUCUCUCAUUUUACCUAUUUUUUUUUUUUUUUUUUUUUUUUUUUUACUACGAUAUAUGGUGUAUAUAACACUAUAUACCCUGCAUAUAACUGCAUAAAUAUGAAUAAAUAAUUAGUAGCAUGAGCUGUGAUUUAGAUACAUACUCAACGAAUAAUAAUUAUACUUUUACACUAUAUUAUAUAUAAAUAAUAUACAUGCGUGCGUGUAUAUUCAUAGAUAUAUAUUAUAUAUGUACCUACCUACUCAUAUAAAAUUUUUGACCGUCCCUUCCACUAUACAUUAUUUAUAGUGUUGAUAAUAAUAAUGAUAACGACGAUAGCAGCAAUAAUAACUCAAAUAACAAUAAUAAUAAUACCAAUAAUAAUGAUGGUGUGAUGCAGCUUAAACUUCGUUGAACGUUAUAUACAGGGUGCCUCAUUUCAAUCAAUCCAGUCAAAUAUCUCGAAAACGAAAAGUGUGAGUGAUAAAUGUUUGAGACAAAAGUUGAAAGGUUUGAAGGGGGAGAAAAGAUGAAAGUAUCAGAUUUUCUGUAAGCAGACCCGCCAAGAUCAGAUGAAGGUCAACUUGGUGUUUUAAAAUACAAUAGUAUAUUUUUCUCAUCGGCAUUUGCAAGGGCAAUUUCGAAAUAUUUGACUGGAUUGAUUGAAAUGAGACACCCAGUAUGUAAUAUACGUUAUAACCAGAAUUGUUCGAGUCGGGUCGGGUAAAAUCGGGAAAAAUCUAUUGGUUUCGAGUCGAUUGAUGAAAAUGUCGGGAUUCUCGUAAAUAUGAGUUUUGUCGAAGUUUUCUGAAUUUCCGAAUCUCCCGUUUAAUGACGAUAUAUACUCUUUACUAAAUAAUAUUAUGAAUAUUAUACGUGAGUCAAGUUACCCGCGUUUCGGGUUUCUUAAAAAUCUCUGGUCUCCCGAAGAUUCCGGGAUCGCCAAAAAAUCCGAUCCUGUACAAAGCCGUCCCGAACCCGAACUUUUUAACACCGCAUUCAAUAUCAUUAAAUACUCCUACGGCACGCGAAUGACAAUUUCUUUUUUUUCUUACAAAACUCUUCUAUCUUUUGUUUUUACAACCGUUUACGACGAUUACCGUCGAUUAGUUUAACGGGACGGAGAUAAUUCAUUGUAAUACACAAUUAUGCUUUCGAUAUAACAACCUUAACACACCGAUUGCGCGCAAUCAGUUUUAACAUAAGCCCUCUUGCCAAUAUUCAAUAAAUACGUCCAAAUGUACAUACUAUUUAUAUAACAUGUACUGUAAUACAUACUUACCGACAUUAUCAUUAUUAUUAUUAUUAUUAAUAAUAUUAUCAUUAUUAUUGUUAUUGUUAUUAUUAUUACUACUAUUACUAUUGUUAUAACUUGUCGGUAAGUAAUUUUUUCAGGUUUUCCCUUUUAUCGCACAAUUAUUAUACGUACUUGGAUACAUCACCCAAUAAUGAAUAGGCGAGUGAAAAAAAAAUUUGCUGCAGUAUUUUGCAGUGAUACUGUAAGAUUUCCGUUUCCAUCUCAAUUGGAAAACAUAACGUGAAUGAAAAAGUAUAAAUUUCGUGAAAUUGGCAAUACGUUGUAUAAAAAGAAUUCGCAGCUGUACAAAAUAUCGUAAGAAGAGGAAAUGGCAAAUAAAAUAUGCAACUUCCUUUUCUUAGAUAUUAAAAAUAUUAAUGGAAGAAUACGAGAAGAAACCAUCGCGUAACAUAUGAUAUAAAACAAUAUGCAAUAUGAUACUCGAUUAACUUUGUACGUCUUUUUUUUUUUUUUUUGAAUACUUUUAUAAUAUUUUGGUACGCGUUCUACUUGUCUUCUAUACUUUCUAACGAAUAAAAAAAAAAUAAAUAAGCUAUGCUCUGUGUACAUAUACAAUUGUAGAUUAUAUUACACUAUAAUAAUCGUAAGUGUAAUACAUAAUUAUCAUGUAUUAAAAUAAUGUAAUAUUUAUAACGAUAAAGAAUAUUCAGUGUAUUAUUGAACGUAGUGCGAGUAUAGGUAUAAUACAAUUAGUAAUUGACAACUAUUUACUUUUACCGUGUAUACAUCAUAUGAUAACUAUGAUGUUAUAGUUAUUUUAUUGAAGAAAAAAAAAAACAACAUUUAAAACUGAAAAAUCUAAAUGAUUAAAUAUUAUUUGUUCAAUCCGAUUGCAUUAUGCGCAUACGAAAACAACAACAACAACAAUAAUAAUAAUAAUAGUAGUAGUAGUAAUCGCAUGACGUGUAUAUGUAUGUAAUAUAAGAUUUCAAGAAAAGUUUCCAUCCCUUAAGUUACCAUGGUAACUAGAGAUUAAUUGAUUGAUUAAUUACUUUUGAUACGAUAAAUAUUUAUAUAUAGUGAUAAAUAAUUGAAUAAACAAAUUAUUAAAUAUCUUGAACGAUAAUACUCAGUGGCCUGAUAUACGUACAGUAUAUUCGAACCGCAGCUUACAGCAGAAGCGAAUAAUGAUGAGAUCAAUAAUUUUGUACAUUCAAAUGAAUCAGAAAGUAAGGAAGUAAAAGAAAAUAAUAAAAUAAAUGAAUGAAUAAAUGUAACAAAACGGUCUAUAAUUUCAAUCUAAAUCUGCACAUGUAUUAUAAAUGCAUGGUAUAUACAAAGGCCUAACCAGUACAAAACAGAUGAUUGUUUUAUAUACAUAUAGUAAUAUAUAUGCUAUAUACCAUAAAAAAUAUAAUAUUUUACAUAUUUUAUUAUAAGAUAAUAAAAUAUGACGUGUUUUUUCUUUUAAUUAUUAUUUCCUUCCAUACGUUAUGUUUGAGACGAAGUCGUAAAAUAAUAUAUAAUUAUGCAAUGUUAUACAAAGAUUGUGUGAAAAACAAAAUUAAUGGGUAUCUAAGAUAUGUAUAUACAUGUACGUAAUUAUACAUCACACGUUAUAUAUUUUCACACCGCUCCUUGUGAUUAUCAUUACUAUUAGUAUUGUUAUUAUUAUUGAAUGUAUUCCUUCUUUUACUUUGAAUCCGAUUAUAAUAAAAACAAUAAGCGAUCGAUUAUUAUCUGCCCCUUUUACCCCCAUCUUUUUUGUCGCCACACUUGAUAUUUCCAAAAUAUGAAGAAAAAAAGAUAAUUGCAUAAAGAGAUAAAUGAGUAAAUGAAUCAACCAAUAAAUAUAAAUAACUAUAGGUAGUUGCAUACUUUUUGUGAUUAUAAUAACGAUACGAUUGUAGAGAAUUGAAUAAAGUUUAAGAAAUAAGAAAGUUUAUCAUAAUAUAAUUAAUCGUUUUUAAGAAAAUCGCCGUGUAUAGCAUAAAAUAUGAUAGAUUGUAGAUUACGCUUAGAGUUAUUAUUUCCUGAAAAUCUCCUACUAACAUAUACCUUGCAUAAUGCAUACAUACACAGUGUUUUUCUAUCAAUUCGUAAUGAUGGUGUUACAAUGAUAACUAUGGCAAUGAUAGAAAUAAUAACCAAUAACAGUCGGAGAUCAGCAUGAAUUUGUACAACGAAUGUGAAGUUAAGAGUAUAGGUAUAUAAUAAUAAAUUAUGCAGCGGAAGCGAUUUUUUUAGAUACAAUUUGGAAAAAUAAAAUGAGAUUUUUUUUUGCAUCCCUCUCCGUAUGUUUACAACUCCGCGCGGUUCACGAGAAAUUUUUAUACCUCAAAAUCCAUCGGAAUACGAUAAAAAUACGUUUAUCUACUCUUUUUACUCAUGUACUUACUGAUUACUGCCAUUCUUAUCGAAGUUAUGGUACAAAUAUGUUUGGGUAUCUAUUGACAAAUACCUACGUAGUUUUGAAUAAUACAAAAAUAACACCACGAUUAUAGCUAUCAGUAUCAGCAAAUUUGAAUAUAAUGCACGUAUGACAAAUGAGUAUUUUUUUCCAUCCUAUUUAAUGUUAUAUUUAUAUAUUGAGAAGUGAGAAGAAGUGGAGGAAACGAGCGAGAAAAUUUUUUUUUUUUUUACAUUUUCACGAAGUAUAAAGGUUCUCGAUAUAAUAAGUAAAUAUAUAAUAUAUAACAAUUUACCCUAUAAAUAUUAGAUCUAACAGAUUAUAGCGCGUAUUGAUACAAACGUAUAAUGUUUGCAUAAAUUUAUAUGUACUGCAUUAGAGAAAUGUACCUACAAUUUUUGUAACUUGUGUUUACUUCAGUUACAAUCUUGCAUGGUAUAAAUAAUAAUAGCGGUAAUAGAAGUAGUAAUAGUAACGAUGUAAAACAGAUUUGUAUGCUUUUAUAUAAAAAAAAAAAAAAAAAAAUGGAAAAACUACAUUUAUAC